AUGCGGACGCUGGUGUCUCUGGUGUGUCUAUUGCACUUCGUGCCAGUGAGUGCCAGCGAUGAUUGUGGCAACGACAUCCUGGACCUGCUUCAGCGCCCGAAUCCCGACAUGAUGAAGCUCUUAGCAAAGCUUGAAGAGAACAUCGAGGGCUUGAAGGCGGAAGUUACGGAGCUUCGUGCGGGCUCUCAGGCGGCCGUGCCAACUCCCGGGGUGCCCAAGAACAACUCCUUGUUUCAAGGCUGCCGCACGAGGUCCUCGAGGAAGCUCGCCACGAACCAGGCGUCGGCGCAGAAGCGUCACACGGCUGAGGAGCAUCACGGCCAGAACUUGACCCAGGCCUCCAGCCAGGGCAGCAGACUCGGAGUGCUCCCAAGCUGCCCCGGAAGCAACCUCCUGCUGAAGAAGUACGGGGCAACCUCCUUCACAACUUCCUGCUGCGCAGAAAGUGGCCUGUACUGUGCAGGUUGUGCCCGAGCCGAUUCCCAGUCAUGCCUGGAAUGUGCUGGGGGCUUCCUGAGCCGCGAAGGGAAGUGCAUCUCCUGUGCCGAUUCUGCUGGCUGGACGAAUGUGGAUGGCAAGACCUGCGUGCAGCUUGCAGCUCCUAACGACUGCAAUGAUGUGAAGUCCCGUGGGAAGAGCAGCAAUGAGGCCUGCUGCAAGUGCGGCGGUGGAAUUGUCAGCCCGACACCCUUCACAUACCCUUCGGUGCAUCUAGCUCUGGGCAGCGCAGUGCACGUGUCACCGUCUGCUCGAACGGCGUCACGCUAUUCCCUCAAUGAGGGUUGUGAGUUGGUCGACCACGGCCUGACGAUGGACGGCGCCACAGGGAUCGUCACAGCUUCAGCGGAUCGUCCACAAAAUGGAGCUUUCAGCAUCAACUGCGCCGUGACAGCGCACCAGGCACCAGGCGUGAGCUACGAGACGGCCAUGCGAAUUGGCAUGGACUAUUUGAGCUUCGGGGCACCCGUGCUCUUCUUCUCAGGCUCGACCACGAAAACUGCGCAGAAGGCAGCUGGCCAAUGGAAAGACUUCAGCGUCAUGUGCGCACCCACGUUGCACUGGCUGCAGGUGAACUCUGCAACGGGAGACCUGAGCCGGUCGGCGGCCAGCGGCGCCAGCGGAGCCGUGGGCACCGAGGACACCACAGUUGGCGGGCAGGAUGGCGGGAUCUGCAUCGUGAAGGCCCAGCACUCGGCUCCGAACGAUGACAGUCGCGAGCAGGGGAUGACGUGCGAGUACUGCCGAGACUGCAGCUUCUGCACAGUCCCUGCUGACCUUACCUCCAGGUUGAGCUCCUCGACGUUGACGGACAGCGUUGUAGUGCCGGACAUCUAUUUUUUCAACAACUUCAGCAAUGUUGCCGCGGGUUCCAAGUUCUGCACAAGGUGCGUCGGAUACUUGUUCAUUAAAUGGCGAGGAUACUACAACUUUUACAUCAUAUCAAACGAUGGCUCACGGACCUACCUGGAUGGGCAGCUGGUAUUGGACAAAGCGGGCUGUGGGGUUGGACAACGAUCUGAAGAAGAAGUCUGGCUGGAGGCAGGCUACCACGACCUGGAGGUACAGAUGUGCAGUGGUGGUGGAAAUCAAGUUUUGCAGCUGUCAUACUACGGGCCAGAUACCGAUCACGUCAGAAUCCCAAUUCCCCAGUUUGCGCUCUUCCAUGCCGCGUUCACAGAGCGCCAGGCUCGCUUUGUCGCCUUGGCGUUGCAGCCGUGGACGGCGCUGACCUACAAGAUGGCAGCGGUGUCCGUGACCCUCGGAGAGCAGCUCCCCCUCCUGAACUUGGAAGAGCCCACGCAGCAGGGGCUCCUGAAGCCUUCUUUCUUCAAAGUGUCCUGCUCGUCGACGCCUUCACUCAAGUACGACUUUGAUGAUCUGCUGAGCAUGGGAUUGGUGGAGGGCUACCCGGUCCUGGAGGUCACGCCCGAAGGCUCGAUCGCCGUCUCGCCGGUCCCUGCGCUCUCGGCAGUGUUCGAUUCUCUUCCGGGCACUGGCUCUGACAGGAAGAGGAUCUCGCUGGCUUGCUCGAUCUGGGGAGCCUUCCCGGACCUGGCAUCUCUGGAGCCGAUCAAGGCUUCUUUGCAGCUGACACUUCUGGACGACAUCUGCUGGGUCAAGAAGCGGGUCGCGAAGAAUUACACGGUGAUCAGCAUGAACUCAGAGGCUGCACUCUAUCAUGCAGCAUGA